GGCUUUUGGAUUGUAAAAUUCCAUUUAAUGCUGUGAUGUCGCCAUAUUUCCAAGAUAUGUUGGAUGGUGUUGCUGGUAUUGGACCUGGUUACAAGGGGCCUUCUUAUGAUAAGUUAAGGGUUCAUUUGUUGGCUGAUCUUAAAAGAGAAAGUCAAAUGCUAGUUGAUAGUUAUAGGAGUGCAUGGAAGGAAACUGGAUGUACCCUCAUGGCUGAUGGUUAGACAGAUCAAAGACAAAGAACGUUAAUCAAUUUCUUGGUGUAUUGUUCUAAAGGUUUGUGCUUUGUGAAAUCAGUAGAUGCUUCCAGUAUGGUAAAAAAUGCUUCACACUUGUGUACUUUGUUUUCUGAGGUGAUUGAAUGGAUUGGCCCAAAUAAUAUUGUGCAUGUUGUGACUGACAAUGCGGCCAAUUAUGUUGCUGCUGGUAGGCUUAUCAAUAGAAAAUAUGAUAAUAUCUAUUGGUCACCAUGUGCUGCUCAUUGCCUUAAUCUUAUUUUAAAAGAUAUAAGCAGCAUGGCGCAUAUUUCUAACCUUGCAACUCGUGCUUCAAAGAUCACAGUAUUUGUGUACAAUCAUACGGUUUUCUUAUCUUGGCUAAGACAAAGACCUCGUUGGAGAGAAAUUGUACGUCCUGGUGCAACCCGGUUUGCAACUGUGUUUAUUACAUUGAAGAGCAUCUUUGACUGUAAAAAGGAGUUGCAACAAUUGGUUGUAGAUUCAAUUUUCACUGAUCACAAAUUAGGAAGGAGUGCUACUGGUAGAGCUGUGAGUGCUAUUAUUCUGGAUGCCAAAUUUUGGGACGAUUGCUUUACUGUAUGUAAACUUGUGAGCCCUCUGAUUUACUUGCUGAGGGUUGUUGAUGCUGAUGACCCCCCAUCUUUGGGAUAUGUUUAUGAAGGAAUGCUAAGGGCAGAAGAUGCAAUUAAGGGGAUGUUUAGGCAAUCCAAGACUGCAUAUCAGCCGUACACAGAUAUUAUCAACUCAAGAUGGGACAAGCAUUUGAAGAAAGAUCUUCAUGCGGCAGCUUACUUCCUGAAUCCUAAAUUCUUUUUUAAUGAAAAUUAUAAAGAAGCACCUGAUGUUAUGCGAGGUUUGCUUGAUCUUGUUACCUUGUAUUGCAAGUGUAACAAUUUGGAUUCAGUUCAGGCAAUGAAAGAAAUACAUUUAUAUAGAGAUCGGAAGGAAAGUUUUGACAGACAAGAAGUUAUUCCAGCUGCAUCUGAACUUAAGCCUGAUGAAUGGUGGAGGUUAUUCGAAGGCUCUGCUCCAUAUCUACAAAAGAUAGCUGUUCGCAUUCUUAGCCAAGCAUCUGCUUCUUCUGGGUAUGAGAGAAAUUGGAGCCUUUUUGACCAGAUUCAUACAAAAAGAAGAAAUAGAUUGGAGCAUGAUAGACUGAAUGACAUUAUUUAUGUUACCUAUAAUUUGCGUCUUAAAUCCAGGAAGGAAAAAGAAAAAAGAAAGCAAAAGACACAGCAUGAUCCAAUUGAUUAUGAAAGUAUCAGUCAAGUUGACUUCUGGGUGACUGAAGAGGUUGUAGAGAAAGAGCCUGAUCUUCCUAGUAAUGUGGAUGACUUAUUGCGUGAAAUUGAUGCUGAUUUAUAUCCAAGUGGCGGUGGUAGUAGUGGUCUUUAUGCUGCAUCUCUUUCUUCUGCUGAUCAGGGUGGGAAUGAAGGUGAAGAUCAUCCCACCGAAGCAGAUUUGCAACAAGUUCUUGCGGAUUUUGAUUAUUGAUAAACCAUGAUG